GAUCCUUAAGAAAAUGUUGCCAUAAGAUGUUUGAUCCAGUCAUAUAAAAAGGAACAUUUAUUUCAAGUACCUACCCUUAAUACAGUAAUUAUAAAUCAAGAAAUAAAAAAAGCCCCUGUUCUGUCUCCCUCAAGCACACACACAUACACACUCACUAAAACUACAAUAAGCAAUACCAUAAGCCAUGCUGUUCCCAGACCAGCACAUUUUGAACUGGCACUGUACUAGUUGAUUUAAAAUGCUGGGCUUCAAAAAACAAAUUCAGUUUGACUCUGGAAUGGCAACUGAUACAACUAUUUGGAAGUUCCUUUGCACCAACCACUUUUUUUCAAAUUCCAUUUUCAGCAUGGGCCAACGAAGUAGAUCCUCGGAAGGCAUGCCAAUUGUUCAGAGAAGAAGUCCUGGACCGCAACUGUGAACGUCCACGCCUAUUUCUCUCACUUGACAUGUUCGAUUCAGACGAAGAACAGGACAGCUCUCUGAUUUCAUUCUAUAAAAUGAAUAACGUUAACUGGGCAAGUCCAUUUAAGUGCAGGCUGACAGGAGACGCAGCAGUCGGUGACGGAGUAAAUUGACAUGUUCUGGGAAUGGCCAUGCAAAAACUGAAGACAGGCUUCUGUAUUGAUCUAGGCUCUGCUGCUCUAACAAGCCUUUUUGAAGGUGAAAAGGAACACCGGGUUCCCUCUGCAGCAGUUGUUCUUAGGGAAAGCAACCUCUUUCAGAUGGCAGGUCGAAUGAUUGGCCAUUCAGUCCUGCAUGGUGGUGUUGGCGUAUCAGGACUCAGUUUGCCUGUAGUGACGCUGUUAACUGGUGGGAGCACAGACACUGCAAUGUCUGCUCUGACCCUGCUGGACUGUCCUGAUCUCGACCAUCGUGAAACAAUUGGUUUUCUCAAGAAUGCAGAGCUUACUGCAAAUGAGACCAGCAGAGUAACAGAUCUUUGCCUGUCCUGGGAUCUCCCAGUGCCAUCUUCCACCAACCACGACUGGCUGUUCCAGGAACUGCUUUCGCAUGCCGUAAUUCACCGUGUAAGGCAGCCUAUCAAACAGAUCCGCAAAAGUCUUAAAGAGACGGGAAUCUGGCCGCUUCUUUCAAAUAGGCCAGAUGUCCACCCAAUCAUUUUUCCAAGGGAGUCCAAUGAGGAGCUUAACCCACAGGACGUGAUCCAGAGCAUCCACUGGCCACAACCCAAAUUUGACAGCGACGAGGAGGAGGACAAUGAAGACAAAGUUCCAUUGGAGAAAGUCAGUCUCAUCACUGGAUUUUUGAGGAAAUUCAUAGAGGAAGCAUCACAGGAAGUGCUGCAUGACCUCAUAAGGUUCUGGGUUGGGUGGGAGCUGCUGACAAGAAACCUCCUCGUUGAGGUUGUAACCUCUACUUACCUAGUGGCUCUCACCUGCUUCCUCAAAUUGAGGCUCCCCAGCCACUACCAGGCAUACAAGAUGUUCCACCAGGACUUGAUGAUGGCCAUGAGUUCUGUCAGUUGUGGUUUUGGGAUUGUUUAGGUGCUAAUGUCAUUAAUGUCGUGCACUCAGUCCCUUUGUAAGUUCUGACGUUCCAGAAGAAAUUCCUAUUUAUAUAUGCACUAUUUAGUUUCUGACAUAUUAUUUUAAUUCUUAUUCAAGCCAGUGACUUUAUAAUUUGUAUAUUCAAGUAACUACUGUACUUUUCUGGAGAUAGUUUGCCACUAAUUAUACUAACAAUUUAGCUGAAUGAGUUCCAGAGAUGUUUUGUUGUAAUUAUACAGAAUUUGUAUUCCUACCACAUUUUUCAUAAAUAAGGAGUUUCAUGUAAAGUUAUUGACAAAUUGGACUGGUAACCCUUUACAAUGGCCAGUCCUUUGAACAA